AUGACUUCUCGCGCUCGCGGCCCCUUCGAGGAGUCCGAUGUUGACUCUGUCGCAUCAAACACUACAGAAGGCAGCGACGAGCUCGAGAUCUAUAAUGUGGACCGCGUGCUAGCGGAGAAGGUCGACGAUGAAGAUGGCAAGCUGAAAUAUCUACUGAAGUGGACCGGCUAUGGCGAUCACCGCUCGACAUGGGAGCCGAGAGAAAAUGUCCAAAGCGGGAAUAUACUGAUCGAUUGGAAGCAGAGAAAACUCAAGAUUCAACAGGGUGAAGAACAGCCUUUCGACCUGGAGGCGUGGGAGGAUGAGUGUCAAAGCCUUUACGACCAGAGCCUGGAAAGGAGGCGGCGGCGCAAGCAAAAGCGGAGGCGGCGAGGCAUGACUGUGUCAUCGACUGAAGAUGAGUACGACGCUGAGGAGCGGACCGAGGACGAUGGUGUUCGAAAACGUGAUUCGAGGAUCGACAGUGACGAUGUAGAGGUUAUCGCUGGGGUUGGCCAGCAAUGGGGUAAACGUAUCAAGGCCUCUCCUAUCAAGCGCAAAGGCACCGCUCAGAAGCUAGCAACUAGGAGAAGAGCCUCUACAUCUUCUUCGUCCGAAGCGGAAGAGGAUAACACUCAGGCAGACUCAGAUUUCAACUCACUCUUUGACGCGGGUUCGCAACCAAUAUACCCCGACCUCGACACGUUACCGAGAAAGGUUUCAACCGUGCAGAAGGCCCCGAAACCAGCGCCCAGCAAAGUCCCGGCUUCCAGGACGAAUACGAGUGCACCAUUGUCCAACAAAACUCAACUGGCAAGGAGACUUGUCCCUGUGAAUAGUGCCAUGGCCACUGCAAAACGCUCCAAGGGUGUGUUUGCCAAUUUUAACAAAGUUGGACCUGCGAAGACAAGGCAGCAGCGCGCUCCGAUGGACGGUGCUAGCACAAGCGAUCCCAAAGCACCGCAUCUGUUCAAGAAAUUGGGCCAUCGAUCCAGAUAUCAGAGACACGAUCGAGAAAGAGCGCCAGACUUCAAUGCUUUGACAAUCAUCGAUCCGAGGACUGGCAGACCUGAGCCUCCAACAGCCGUAUCGUCCGUUCCCGACACAGCCUCGACCAACAAUACGAACCCGUACGCUCGCGGCGAGUCUAGGCCAGAGCGGUCACGCAGUGCUACACCUCCUCGUGUAGGAGCCAGUCAGAUUUCCUCGGUGUUUCCAUCGACCCACAGACGAUUCAGGACUUGCGUGCACUGGCUAGAGAAUCGGUGUAGAUCGAAGGCCGAGGACUGCUCCUACGCUCAUUACUAUAUCACAGAAGAAUCCAAAGCCGCACAGGCACCUUCCAACGACGUGGACAUGGGACCGCCUCCACCACCACCACUACCAGCUAUGCCACCGGCGCCAACACAACAAUGGGAGUUUCAGGGUAAAUGGACUUCCAAAUUCGAGACAUCAUGCUAUUACUGGCUGAAAGAGGGAUGUACCAAGCCGGACUCUGUAUGCGAGUUUGCACAUCGUAUCACUGGCGUGUUACCGAAUGCUGCUAGGCGCGAUGCAAACCUGCCUGGUCAGCUGAAGGAGUGGAAGACCAAAAUUUGUCCAGAUUGGAGGCAAGGAAGAUGCCUGCUUCUGGAGUCCCACUGCAAAUUCGCUCAUCGAGAGACGGAGUCUCAGCAAGAGCCAUCGGAACAACUGAUCCGGUCUUACCCACUAGGUAUGAAGACCAUGACAUGUCACUUCUGGCUGCAUGGGGGCUGUGUCAAGUCCGAAGCCGCAUGUGAAUUUGCUCAUCAUGACACGGGUCAGUACAAAGAUCCUAGGGUACUGCCGGUCAGGGAAAGUGAACAUGCUUCAUUUGCUCCACCGCCGCCACCACCACCUCCACCUCUUCGAGAUACAAAUCGUGAGCAAGAACUUCUACGAACACUACCACGUAGUGAGAUCACUUGUUACUUCUGGAGCAUCGGAACCUGUAGGAGGGCCGACCACCAGUGUAGCUACGCUCAUUGGGAUACUGGUGUUGUGGCUCUGCCGCCACCUGGAUUCGUUAAGCGCGAUUCUAUGCCCGGUCCACCCACCAGGACUCAAUCUUUCAACGACGCUACGAUGGACCAUGGUUCGACAAGUAUACUGCCGGAUCUGAUUGCGAGGAUGGAGCCGGCACAGUCCGACACGACGACGUACCGUGGUGUGCUUCAAGUCAGUACUUCUGGAUACAUCAGACACAAUAUCGACGCGGACAUCAGUGUAUCUGGUCGAGCUCAAUUCGAGCAGCUUUUCUACCCAGUGGCCAAAGGCAUUCACUUCAUGCCCGAUUGCAUGGUCACUCAAAGUGAUGUACAGGCGUGGCUGUCGGAUCUGGUCGCUCAAGGUAUGAGCUGGCCGGCGGGCACCAUACAGCCAGUUGAAGGUUCGCGGCAGGUGGCAGACAAGCUUGCUGAGGUUGGGAGGCUGCACGCGGCUGCUUUCGCUUCACUCCAAGACUCCUUCACGUUGCUUGUGUACCCUGCCGACUCCGAUCUCUGGCGCUUCAUCGAGCCUUCGAAUGCUCCACCAUCGGCUUCUGCGCCUCUACGAUUCCGACUGCUGCCGCCUUUGACAGGAGUCGAGAUGCCACCGAACAAGUCCCAGAAUUUUCAGCUCCCAAUCAUCCCUGAUACUGUCAAAGAUCGAGCGUCAGUAGCUGCGACCAUGUACGUGCUAGGCUUUGACCCUGAGAUCGUUCUCCUGCCCGAGAAAGACAAAGAGAAUCGCAUUUUUCUAGCAUGGCCCGAGAGCCGUGCAGAAGAGAUGCAGUUCCUGAUUCGCCUUUUCCAAGACCUCAAAUGUAAAGUCUACCAUUCUGGUGCGGCUGGAAGCUGGGACUACGUUCGCAAGAACCACCGAUCCUUUGCGCUGAUCGUGCAUCCCGACACACCGUUCUGGGCACUUCCUGGCCUGUACGCAUUGCUGCAAUCAGGCAGUGCUUUUAGAGUAUUCUGUGUAGGCCCGCAGCUCGACUUUGAUGCUGGAGACAUGGUGCCGAAGUACACUCUCAAGCGCCUCUUCCCUAACGGCAAGGCUACACUGCUGACGGACAGUCUGUUUACCGAUCGCCCGGAGAGAGCGACCGAGCUCAUUCGUCAAUUCCUUGUCGAAUCGAAUAACAAGCCGGAGGGCGGUCGCAACGACAAGAUUGUGACCAGGCCGGGUGUCAAGCAAUGGUUGUUCGAGCUUUUGGAGCAUCACACCAGACCUGAUGAUACUGUUGACGCCUGCUGGAUCGAUCUGUACAGUGCUGUAAACGAGCUCUGUCCGCCCGAAGAUGAAGAUCUUGAGGAGCCGUCGACCCCUCUGCCAGAAUCAUACCUUGUAUCUAUACCAGCGAGACAGAUGCCGACUUUCAUGGGACUCACGAACACAGACUCGGAGGCAGCGGCGGAUCUGCUGGUACAGUGGUUCGCGGGGUGGGCUGUAGAAAAUGCUCCCAACUUCCGCCGAUUUGUCGUCUGUCAUGAGUCGCAGAAGACGGAGGUUGUUGUGGAUGGGAAUGGGAGGUCGAGUGUUCAAGUUGUCGUUGAUCCCGAAGGAUGGGCAAACAAGUAUAGGCAUGUUGGUGUACUGCGGCUGGAAGAUAUCCUACCGAAGAAGGGCAGGAAAUAG